GCAACAUAUUCUUGGGGGCGUGGCCAUACGUCCUCCUCCUGCUCCAUCCGGGCUGUUUACACCGAACUACACGGAUCGCAAACCGGAAGUCCCACACGAAAUUCGCAAGAUUGACAGUUGUGAAGACUUCAAUAGGGAGCGCUGAAAAUUAGAGGACCAUCAUGUCCUCUGACCUGCUGGUGGACCUUCAAGAUGAUCUGGGAGGAGAUGACUCUCCUAGUGCUGCCCUGGACCAGCUCAAACUGGUACAGGACAAACAGUGGCUACCAGAUGACCCUGUUAGCCUGAGCAAAUCCGCUUCAGACAUUAAAAGUCUCGGUGACACAUCACAUCUGUCCUGGGACGACCCCUUCUAUGACAUUGCCAGACAUCAGAUUGUGGAGGUGGCAGGUGAUGAUAACUUUGGUCGGAAGGUCAUCGUUUUUAACGCUUGUCGCAUGCCCCCCCAUCAUCAGCUGGAUCAUCAUAAACUUCUCAUGUAUUUGAAGCAGACUCUUGAUAAGUAUGUGGAGAGUGAUUAUACCCUCAUCUACUUCCAUCAUGGCCUGACCGGUGAGAACAAGCCCUCUCUCAGCUGGCUUCGAGAUGCCUAUCGGGAGUUUGACAGGAAGUAUAAGAAAAAUAUCAAAGCGCUGUACAUCGUCCAUCCCACCAUGUUUAUCAGAACCAUCCUUAUUCUCUUCAAACCCAUCAUCAGCUUUAAGUUUGGCCAGAAGAUCAAUUACAUAAAUUAUUUGAGUGAGCUGGAGGAGGUUGUGAAGUGUGAUCAGCUGGUGAUUCCCAGCAGAGUCAGAGAGUAUGACGAUAAGAUCCGUCUGUCCCUGAAGCCGUCUGUCGUCCCUGGACCAAUCUCUCCCCCCCAUAGUCCUCCUCUUCCUUUCCAGCAGUUUGGUGUCCCGCUGUCAGAAUUGAGACACAGGGCGGCAGACUCGGAGGGAAUUCCACUAGUCAUGCGUGAUACUGUUGGAUACCUGCAGGAGAAUGGUCUCCAGACAGAGGGAAUAUUCCGGCGUUCUGCAAAUGUUUCUUUGGUUAAGGAUAUUAAGCAGAAAUAUAACUCUGGAGAGGAAGUGAGUUUCUCUCAGCUGGACAAUGUCCACUUGGCAGCUGUGAUUCUAAAGAUGUUCCUCAGAGAACUGCCAGAGCCGCUGCUCACCUACCAGCUCUACAAUGACAUUGUCAACUUCCACAAUGUUGACACUGAGUCUCAGGCAGAAAGAAUUCAGAACAUGCUGAUGUCACUUCCUGAGGAGAACUAUGCAUCACUGCGCUUCCUCAUACAGUUUCUUGCUCAGGUAUCUGCUGAGAGUGAAGUCAAUAAGAUGACCAAUGCUAACCUGGCUGUGGUGUUUGGACCCAACUUGCUUUGGGGGCAGGAUGCUUCCAUGACACUCAGCGCGAUCGGACCAAUCAACAACUUCACCCGCAUCCUGCUUGACCUACAUCAGGAGGUCUUCACUCAGUGAGGAGCAGGAGAGCUUUUUGCAUUGACUCCACCCUGGUUAUUGUCCCACCCCGUUCCAUAGCUUUGCUCCUCUGCUGUGUCCCGUCCUUUGUGUCUCCCUCAGUAUUGCCAAAUGCAUGAGUAUUUCAACUGGGUGAAGCUGCACAAAAAGGAUACUAGAAGGCGCAGAGUGGUCAGGCUUUCACAAAAUAUUAGGCUGUGAUUAAAUUCUGACAAUCACCUUCUUUUCUCUCCUGCAGAAGUCAUGUAGCUGCUGUCAGACAUAAUGGUACUGCACAGGCACAAGAGUUUUAUAAGGUCUGUUAGCAGAGGCCUUAAUCAAUAAACCAACAAAGAGUACAGGUAGCCAUUUUUUAUUUUCAUUAUUUUUUAGUAGCUCAUCAGCUGUACUUUGGAUAUUGUUUGUUCGACUUGACCGAUGUGAGUUAAUUUCAUUUUUCCGAGAAGUAAAAUUAGACCAAAUGCACACGUCCUCUAUUUUUGUAAGCCAUAGUUGGCAUAAGCUAUGGACAAGUAUAAAGCACUACUAUUCAAACUUGAAACACUUAUUUUAAACAUGCUUCUUUCUUAUUACUUAAAAUAUAUGAUAUUAUGCAUUUAUAUUAUCAAAUCAUUAUAUUAUUAUUUCUAUUAUUCAUUCCAUCAUCUUCUUUGUUUUUUGGCGUCUCAGUGGUUCCAGGAACAGGGCAGAUACUUUUAUGGCCAGCACAAAUUUCCUAAUGAGGAAACAUGAAAUUCUUCUUUAAAGACCUGAGAUAUAUAUAUAUAUAUAUAUAUAUAUAUAUAUAUAUAUAUAUAUAUAUAUAUAUAUUCUCUCCAUGUAUGUGUUUUGUGUAUUUUGUGUGUGGUCUUUUCAGUAAUGCUGUUGUAUUAUAUUAUACCCCAGACAUAUUUAUUUUGGCCAAAGAUUAUAUGGCUAAAAUGGUUAUGUGGUAAAAAAAUGUUUUGUAACUAGAAGACGUACUGCCUGUUGGGGACAGUGCCAUUACGCAUUGGCGCAUUUGAAACAAAAGCCCAAACAAGAUUAGGAAUAGCAAACAAUUUGAUGUCAUUUUGUCCUCUUAGUAAAACUGUGGUUUUUAUUUAUGAGGAAAUAUAUCAUAGUGCAAUGAGUUAUUGCUGGUGUCCGAGUACAUAAAAACUAAGCACAGCACCAUUUCAGUUGUAUCACAGGGCUCUGUAUGUGGAGUGGGAGAUUCCCCUACUCUUUAAUUUCAUGAUUAAUGGAUAUGAACCGUCAGGAUUUUGCACAAAGGAAGCUUGUUUCAUGAUCUGAAGUCCAAAUGAACCAUAAAGCAGGUACUUUGGUACUAAUUAUUUAGCACUAAUGAGUUGUGUCAUAUGCCUUGAUAUUGAAUUGUAACUGUUUACUGUGUCAUGCAAAUGUCCUAUUCAUGUCAAUACAUCUGAGAAUUGACAUGUGGACCAGUGGCUUAAAUAGUUUUAGACAAGCUCCCUCAAACCCACGUGUCUGUGUGCCUUACUGGAGUGAAUUGGCGAUGCUGUUGAAUUGAAUUCCCCUUCUCUGGACAGAUCUGUGAACUUUGUGCCAUUCUGUUGUAUCUGUAUCAAAACACCUACCUGUUUACCUGUACUGUAGACGUGUAUCUCUGGUUUCCAGGUGGAACUUUGCAUUACUUCUUUUGUGAAGGUUCUUCCAUUUUGGCUGUUAAAAUGUAUUCUGUGCUUUUGAAAUCUUUACUUUUGUAUAUCAUGUUGUGAAUUCAGAGUAAUAAAUUGUUAGAGAUGGUGUAA